CCUCGCCUCUCGAAUCAUGAGUAAUUUAGGAGACGCUGUUGAAGAUGUAACCCUUCUGCCUGACCCCCUUCUGUGACUUGUUCAAGUCUUCCUCUAUCUAUGGCAGUAUCGAGCUCUCGAAAUCCAGGCCGUUCAAGUUUAUCUGCCGAGACAUCUCAGUGACAGCAGCUGGCAGCGGAUUAGCAUCUUCAGUUACACUUGAUGCAUCUACUGCAGAGGAUACACCGCAAGGAGGCGGAACAUUGCGUACAUUGCAUCCUCCUCGAUCUACUUAUAACUUCAAGGAUGACAUGGAGGUGUUCUACCCUCUAGUGGAUGUUCAUCCAUUCACACGUACACUUGACAAGCUGUGGGAUGCUGACAGAUCAAACAAGGAUCAUUUGUUUGCAGAUAAGAAGCCACCUUCAUCACUUUUGUUUCCUUGGCCCGGCAGGAUUUUUAGUUUUUUGGAGGAAAUGAAUGCUCAACGUCGAAGUUCAUCUUUUGAAUUGAUGACAUACAGUCGUCGUUGUUUGCGCUAUCAGAUUCAACUCCUGCUCCAUCAUCCAAGAGUGAAGACUCAUCCGUCACCCUUCCAGAAGCUUGGGGUUGUGAGAUUUUAUGUAAGUAUAACCACCUGCGGCGUCCGCCAUUCUCUUUUCCAUCUUGCAUUGGGAAGUGACCUCAGAAAUCAGGUUCAAUUUUAUCUGGAUUGCCAGAACACAUAUCCUCCAGUGCCAUGCCUAUUGGGACAGGCUAACCUUGAUUCACCAACCUCUUUGGCCUUUCCUCAAAGAUUCUAUCUAAUUAUGCAGAGAGAAUUAUCGCCACAUCAAACUUCAAAGACAGAACGUCCCUGGCAGUGGGUUUGCCGGAAACAAAUUAAGCAGCAGCUGAAGGCAGAGAAGAGGUGAACUGUCGAGUAGCUUGUUGUCCAAGUCAGACACAUCAAACUGCCACAGAAUCAGGUGCUCUUCCACGCAAGAAGAAACUCUUGAUUCUUUUCGGAAUUCCACACAAGAAGAUAUAUAAAUUUUAAGAAAAAUUCAUAUGCGAGAGGUACGCAUCCGUUAUCUUCUUGUUCUUUUUUUAAUUUUCUGGAAAACCAAAAGCUGAGCUGAUGAAGGAAGUUCAGCCUCUUCGGAAAGAAUACCAGCAGCACUGGCAACUGCUUUGAGCGCCCGUGAAGAUUGUUACUGUUUUGAUUUUUUGAUUUUUGAUUUUUUAUUUUUUGUGGAUUUGGGAUAUGUAUGUCGCUUCAAUCGUUUUUUUUUUUUUUUUGUCAACGGAAAGAUUUUAUUUCAACCAAAACACAAAGACAAAGGCCUAACAACACCUGUACACAGCCAAAAAUGGCCUAAACAGAAAGAAAAAAACAUAAACAGAAAAUGAGCCCAAAAGCCCAAAACCAAAGAACAUCCGAGAAGCAUCAAUGCCUUCUCCACCGACGAUCCAAGGAAUUGUCAGCCAUCCGAUACCCCAACCACCGUUGAUCAUCUUCUUCGCUGACGUCUCCUGCACACAGCCAUAAGCUAUGAGUAAUCAGCAUCCAAGCGACAGAGGCCAAGCACCAGUUGGAAGCUCAAAACAAGUCCCGAGCAACACUGCCGCAAGAGGCAAACACAAAGGAGAACGUGGUGGUGUGGAACACACCCGAUCCGGUGCAAGCGCCGAAACUCUACACACGAUCUCGACAGAAAACAUGGCUAAAAAACGAAGCAAGGAAGAAUCAGGAAGAAGAGAACCCACAAAGCUGGAGGAAUUGAAAAGGUCAAAUAAAAAAUUGGGGAGAACCAACAGUAGAUACAGGGAGAAAAGAAGGAGAAAAGGAAGAAGAGGACACAGCACCCGACCCCAGCCGAAGCUAGGGCCGGUGCCACCGAAGAGCCUGGAAGAAGAUCUCACAGAAGUACUCUCACAGCAGAGAGAAAGAAACCCUCACAGAGGAAAAAACUCAAUUUCGAAGGUUUAGGCACUUUGUCGCUUCAAGCGUUAUAAUUUGCAAUUUCCCCCAACACGGUAGUACUAGAAAAGCCUUAGAUUUAUGAAAUUUUCAAUUUUAA